AUGUCAAAUAAUAAGGAGCAAGGUUCAGCUAGAGACUAUAUCAAAUCGUAUGUCAAGGAAUCCAAUACGGAAGAUUAUCUGCAGCAAGAGCAACCUCGUUAUGACCCUACAAAGCCAAUCCAAUCCCCGCAACCUACACCAGUUGAACAAGAACCAUUACCUGAACCUGUUCAAACAUCAGAGCAUUAUAAAGUACAUUUACCUACGCAAAAUCCUAUUCCAUCGAAUGAAAACACAGAACCUAGAGCCGAGCAACAGCAGCAGCCACCACAGCCUGUAUGGGCAGCGCGAGAUUUUAAAGAGCAAAGAAGUGAAAUCCAUGAAACAUCGCUCACAGUAUGCGCAGAUCUUCAUGAAAAUCUGAUGACAUGUUUCCAACAUGGUAGUUGGUGGGAUAAGGCGAAGAUGUGUGAAGAACAAAAGCAAAAGUUUUGGAGCUGUUAUAAUGCUCAAAAGAAAUUUUUGAAAGAGGUCAAUUACAAAGGCCCCAUAAAUACAGAAAAGGAGGAUAACGAGAUUUUGCUGAGAGCGUAUAAGCUUCGUGAUAAAAUUGAUCAGCAACAGCAAGAAAAGAAGGCAGAAAAGUAG